AAGGAAAUCACAAAAUGAAGUUCUCAAUACAUUUACUGUGGAUGUAAGGCCUUACAUUAGGCCUGAAUAUGACAUUAGAUUUCAAUGAUUUAAGUUUUUCGAGAGAAAUAAAUAACUGAAUAAUGUCUGCAUUAUUAGAACCAUAGGCUGUAGCGACCAGGACUGAACUCAAAUUUCUUUCCACGUUUAAAGACUCGAAUUCCUGGGAAAUCGAUGAAAAAAAACGUCAAUCAGAAAACAAAAUACAAUCGAAAAUUGAACUUAGAGCCUUCGAUCAAAGUAAUUUUUUAUGGUUCCAGCUCCCAUCCCCUAAAAGUUCAUCAGGUCACAACCCUUCACUCAAAAGUCAAAAUUUCGACACUUUUUACUCAUCUAACAAAAAAACACUUUUCUACAGUUGACCAGAUUCUUUCAAAAAACUCUUAACCCUUUACUCAAAAGACAAUUUUACUUAAACUCCUAAUCCAACAAUAAACCUUAAUAACCAGAAAAGUUUUUCCCCCAAACACAAUGCUGCAGCAUACGGAUUUUACUUUUUUCCCCCACUCUGUUUAAGCGUGAAUUUAGUUACCUGAGUUAGUCUCAGUAACCUGAAUUUUGAUUAAGCCCUGACUAUUUUUCGGACAGGUAAUUCAAUUUGGGUUGCAGGCUGUGUAAAAUUUUUCCUUAGAAUCCUUCUAGUUUGGUUCCAAUUUUUUAAACAAAGAUUUGAUGUUUUGACUUUUGUUUAUUGUGUUUGUAUUUUAUUGAUAAACGGAUUGUCACUAUUCUACACUGUCUUUCAGAUUAUUUUUUAAGUGAAAUUUUGUUAAAAUCGACUGUUUCGACGGGAAAAAGUGGUGAAAUAUUGAAACAACGAGACAAUACCAUACAUUAGUCGAGAUAAUACAUGAUAUUGGCCAAAAUAAUGGCGAAAUAUCGGAAAAUAGACAAACAAUUGGCGAAUGCGAUGGGCAAAUGGACUAGAAAUAUUAGACAGAUGGAGUAUAAAAAAAUCAAGUGGCCAGUGGAAGUGAUCGCCAGGACAAAAAUUGAUGGCCAGUGGAAAUAUAAAUUAAGAGCAACAUGGUACGAUGCUCCAGAGGUGGUUACCGAUUGUGAGGAUUCCUUGGAUUUACCAUUUGAAGUGCGAGAUGAAACAGUAAAAACUAUUGAGGAGCUUCAUGAAAUGUCCUCGGAUGCAAGAAUAAGGAAAAGAGGUGGAGUAGUUUACAAAUGUCCGCUUUGUGGGAAAACAUUCGCACCGGGGAGGAAAGAUUGUGCUGAAUCGCAUUUGAAUGGACGUCAUAAAGGCGAAAAGCGUAAAGCAUCAUGUCCGGUGCGAAAAAAGGAUCCAAAUGAUGAUUGUAAUGGUCCAACCGGAUUAGAUGUAGUCCCAGUCAAUAAGUGAAUAUUUUUGAUAGACAAAGCCAUUUUAGUUGGAUUCAUGUGUUAAUUAAUGUAACAAAAUUUUCUUUAUGGACAAAUCAUGGCGUCUUUUUCAAUUCACCACACGAUCGUUCCUCAAUUUUCAGAAUUCUGUGACAUGACAAUAUCUUCCAAUAUACAACUCUCCUCUUUUUUCAAUAACCGAAUAAAUAAAAGCCAUCAAAUUUAAGAAAAUUAA